UGGUGAAUUCAGCACCAACUGACACAAGACUUGUACAUGCCACUGUUAUUGUUAACAAUAAUUUAUAUGUCAUGGGUGGUUACACUAAUACUAAUGAUCUGCCAUCAAGAGAAUUUUUUUCUCUUGAUUUGUCACAAGCAUUUGAUGCAACAACUCCACCAUGGAAGGAUUUAACUGAGACUUCACCAUUGCCAGUAUUAAUAUCAUGGGCUAAAGCUAGCUCCAACACAAAUAAUGAUACAAUAUUUUUAUUUGGUGGUGCUAUGAUUGAUACUGUAACUGGUGAUUAUAAUUUGAAAAAUAUGGUUUACACCUAUGAUUUUAAAGGCAACCAAUGGUUAGCAAACCCACCUGCUUUUCAAGGAAUGGCACCUAAAACACGUAAAGAAUUUGCAAGUAUUAGUGAUCCAUUGACUGGCAAAUUAUAUAUUCAUGGUGGAACAAAUUUGGAAUCUGCUACUGAUGUUUAUUUUAAAGAAUUUUUUAUUCUGGAUGGAAAUAAUUUAUCCUGGAGUCAAAUUGGAAAAACUGGUCCAAAUAUGCCACCUCCUAGAAUUGAUCAUGCUACUGUAUUAAUUACUAAUGGAGUGAUUGUUUUUAUUGGUGGAAGAGAUUACUCUAUUACUACAAA